AUGGCUAGAUUUGGGCAUCGCCAUCGUUGACAGCUAACGGACGCGGCACUGGACCCAGGUAAAAAACAUGCUGCAUGCUAGAUUGAAUAGAUGCAGAUAUGUACACGGGCAUGUAGACGGUGAGAGGUGUCUGCCAGAUGAGGGGUGAGUCGAAUGGCAUCUGAUGCCAAGGCUUGAUGUGCAGCUUGAUGGCAGGAGGCUUUCAGAGAGCAAAAAGCGGGACUUGUCGCGUCUCGCUUCUCCCUUCUGGAAGGCUCGCUUACUCCCAUCCUUUUGACCAUCGCCGCUUCCUCCCCCAAAGUCCUUGGUCGAGCAGCUGUCUUUCGUGUUAAGCGAGCAACCUGCCAAGCCGCAUCAUUGGCCCGAGGCUUGCGGCGCAACUGACGUGCGCCUUGUUGAUUGAUUGUUGAAUAGAUUCGGCUCGGCUGAGUUGAUUGGAGGCGUAGGUAGCCCUCGAGGGAGGAAUUGAGGAGAGAUGGACAGGGGAGACGACCACCACACGGAUCCCGUGCUGCACUUGCAGUCACAUCCGUCGCUACCACCACCGCCGCCGCCGCCGGCCAAAGACGACGCGCAUCCGGAACGCGACCACACAUCGACGCCGCAUACCAGCGAUAACCACGUUGAAUCGCUGCCGACACGCCCGGUCAACGCGUCGGAGCAUCAACAAAGCCAGCAGCAAGAAGACAGGCAUCCUUCGGCCGUGCUAGCGCAGGACGCGUCGGGCGCGUCUGACCCGGCGCAAAGUUACCUCUCGCAGCAGUCGACUCCCACUCUGCCACCCAUGAACUUUCAACACCAACCGCCGGCGCAUACUCCGGCUCCCAUUGCUGCUCCAGCUCCAGCUCCUGCUCAUGCUUCUGCGCCAGUGCAUGCUCAGAAUGGCCACAUCCCGCAACAUCAACACCAACAUCACCAACCCCCACCACCGCAACACCACCCUCACCCACCUCCGGCGCAUAACACCAAUGGCACACCCACACAAUACCCUCCGCAUGGCCAUGCGCCUCCGCCGCCGAAUUACACAUAUCCUUCUGAAGCAGGUAUGCAACAAGGUCUGCCUGGCAUGCAGACCAAUGGCGGACCUGUCAAUGGCUAUGCUCCACAUAUGGGCUACCAGAUGCCGCUUGGAGCUCCGCACAUGAACACAAACCAGGUACCAGGAACCCGUCACAAGAAGGAGAUCAAGCGCCGAACAAAAACCGGUUGUCUGACAUGCCGGAAGCGCCGAAUAAAAUGUGAUGAAGCUCAUCCCCAUUGUCGCAACUGUCAGAAGAGCAAGCGAGAAUGUCUGGGAUAUGACCCUAUCUUCAAAUCCCAGUCAUCGCCGCAGACGAUACAACCUGCUCCGGGAACUUUCCCUCCGCCGCAACCCCAACAACACCAGCAGCAGCCUCCUCCUCAGCAGCAACAGCACCAACACCAACAACAACAUCAGGUCAAGCAAGAGACACAAAUGGGACCCGAGCCCCAGCGUUAUUCAAAUGUUCCGCAGGGAUAUAUGCCCGCUGCCAGCGCAGGUUAUUCCCCUGCUACGGCCAUGCAACCAUCAGUCGACUUUGGUCCACAAAUUGAUCCUGCUCUGGGUCCUGUCAACUCGGCAAUUGCUCCCCCACCUGUACAGCCACCGCCGCCAGCGGAAGAAUACACUACCAGUCUACACCCUCAACGAAAUGUACGCCUUGUAAAUAUGGACUCAUUGUACAGCCUUGACAACGUCCCACCGGCGUUCCCGCCACACGGCUCGAAUCCUCUUCCCGCGCAUGAGAUUGACAUGAUUCGCGGUAUGUACCUUGCAGAGUAUGCCAUUGGACUGGAUCGCUUCUUCGAGACUACCUGGUACACGGAUCACGGUUUUAAUCAACUCCUGGCGAACCAUGACUUGCUGCAUUACUUUUCACACUGCGUUGAGCGUUUCCGCCAGGGCCAGAAUGGUACCAACACUCACGGCCUGACCUCUCUCGAGGCUCGCCUUAUAUGGCAACUCGGCUGCCUCCCUCGUGCUUUCCCCUCAAACCCGCCCCCUCAAUACAUUGUUGUUCUUUUGCAACGGCUGGCCAUAGUAGAAAACCUACUAUGUGGCACUUUCCUGGAUUUCAACAUGGUUCCCGCAUCACCUCCAGCAAGCCCUCCAGACCCAAAACUUGUCGAACAAUACACCCAAUAUCUGCAAGAUGCUUUCUGGCACCAAUUGGGCCGCUUCGUCAGUAUCCAUGACGAUGUCAUCUCCCCUGACGCCGCCCAGCAGAUUGCUGCGGCUCUUGCUGCUAUGCGCAACAUAUUGUCCAUGCUUGAGAACCGCGAUGUUCUAUAUUCAAUGGCAAUCGCUCGUCAUUUCGGCGGUCGUAUGGUUGACUACAAUGAGGGCAAAACGCUUGUAUCUAAAAGUGCAGAGCCAGACGACCCCAUUGCAAAGCUCGCAGUUGCUAUGACUUUCAUCCGUGACGAGGACUCGAAUGGUACGACGCAGGUUGUACAGAGGUUAUGCGGUAUGUGCAGGAGGAGUUGGCAGCUGCAACGGCAAACCAUCCCGUCUGCAUAGACAUAAGCCUUGGCCAGAGCUUGUGCGCCGGAUGAGGUGGACUGCCGUGUUUUGUUCAUUUGCUUUUCAUGAUACCAUGCCUCUGCGAUACAGGCCAGUAGGCUUCUGCUGUUAUUACCAACCAUUACAUCACACUCUAUUUUUCCCAAUCAUUCCCGACUCAGUCACGUUCUGUUCUUCAACUAUUCAUAUGUAUUUCAAAAGUUGCAUUACCGUGUAGCAUCUAUCAGUCUGGAGUGGCGUUGCCGGUGGCUUUGCGCUUCCUAUC